AUGCAAGGCAGUAUAAUCGACACUGUUGUGACAAUUUUCUCUGGGACAGUGUGUGAUUUGGUUGAAAGACGCCCUAUGUUGAUAACAUCUUCUAUCAUGUUCUUCCUUAGUGGUUUGGUAAUGUUGUGGGCACCUAAUGUUGUUAUUGUUCUGUUAGCGAGGAUAAUUGAUGGGGUUGUCAUUGCUCAUGCUGUUACUCUUACUCCUCUCUACAUAUCUGAGAUAGUGCCGGCUGACAUCAGGGGCCAAUUGAACACUUAUUCUCUGAACCUUGGGCCGCUACAAGCAACAGGAAUUAGAGUGUGGACAAUAUUUAAUAUUUAA